GCAACUGGUAAGUAAACGGAAGUCACUCGCGGUGCUUCUUCCGCCGUCUUCGUGGAUUCACUCUCGCCUGCCGUUGCAGCAUGGCCAUCUCAGGCAGCUUCCGUCUUCUCUUCCGAGCCGCGCCGUUUUCCUGCUGGCGGCUCCUGGCGGCCCCUCUCCGGACCAGCAGCUGCUGGAGUAGCGCAGCCCGCCUAGGCCCUUGCCGGCCCUUCCACGCCGCGGCGGGGCUCAGCUCAGAAGAAAAAGUUACAGUGCACUUUAUAAAUCGUGAUGGUGAUAAACUAACAGCCAAAGGCAAGGUUGGAGAUUCACUUCUAGAUGUUGUGAUAGAUAACAAUCUAGACAUAGAUGGAUUUGGUGCAUGUGAAGGAACACUUGCCUGUUCUACAUGUCACUUAAUCUUUGAAGACCACAUAUUUGAAAAAUUAGAUGCAAUUACAGAUGAAGAAAUGGAUAUGCUGGAUCUUGCCUAUGGCUUGACAGAAAGAUCACGUUUGGGUUGUCAAAUUUGCUUGAAGAAAUAUAUGAACAAUAUGACUGUCCGAGUGCCUGAAGCUGUUGCCGAUGCCCGACAAAAUAUAGAUAUGAGCAAGAACCCUUAAAAUAAUGUUUAGGGUGUGUUUCAUGAUAUUAAAAAUACUUCACCACUUAUUUCUAAUUUUUAAUGAAAUUUGCAAAUACUCAUCAGUAUGAAUUUUCAAAAAUUACAGUCAGCCUUAUUUUGAGAGGGUGAAACAAGAUAUUUAGAAGGGACCUAUGGAAAGAUAGACACAGGAUAAAAUAUAGUUAAAGAGCAGGCACUUUCCUUUUAAGGAAAUAGCUCCUUUUAUCUCCGUUUAAUAAUGCAUCAUUACUGCUGCUGCAUUCAUGUUUUCCUGAGGUAAUAAUUACAUGCUGGGUUUACACUAGCUCAAAAUAAAAGUCCCCCUUUAAAUUAUAUUUUUCAUACUGAGGCACUGAAAGUACAUUUACCAGAGAGUGAAUUACUAGUGAUACUAGUCACUAUCAGCUGAUCAGUUUUGGCACAAAUUAAUUGUACAAUUGUGUAAUUGUGUAAUUGUACAAAGUCCUAUUGAGGCUCAGGAGUUGCAUAUGCAUAGCUGUAUGCCAUGUUGUGGCCAACAUGUCAGAAGCAUUUUAAAAGGUUUUUUAUUAGGAAUACUACAUAAGUACCAUGCUAUUUUAAGGAAGUUGUAUAGGCAAAUAAGAAUUUCUGUUUUUAUAGUAUGUUUCAUUUCAUGAACAGAUGUCUUAUUCCCAAAAUGUCACUGACAUAUACUGCAUUGCCAUGGGGGUUUUAUAUCAAGUGUCCAGCUUCUAACCCACUUCCUCUUCUAUCCACAGAUUAAAACUGGCAGUGAUAUAGUCACCACAGUUAAAUUUUUAAAAUAAAAUUGUCUUCUUCUGGUACAAAUAGCAACGAUCAGGCAAGCUUCGCUGGUGAGAGAACAUCAGAAACUGAGAAGGGGCUUUUCUCACCUACCGCCCAUCUCACAUCUGAUGGUGCAGGCACCUGAAUGAGGGACUCAGAUUGUCUCAGCACCUAGACAGCUGGGAAAUCUAACAGGCAUUCCUUGGGGUAUCCUGGUCCAAAGCCAUGUAGGAAAUUUCUUAUGUGGAGAUACCAAAGCCAUGAUACUUCUUACAUAGAUCUGUUGGAUCUCUUCCAUCUUCUUGAAGCCUUUCAUACAUGCUGAAGCAUGGGCCUUCUAGACUACAUAGGAUAUUAAUUUGUAUUGUAUGGCAUGUUAUAUAAAGUAAUAUGAUUAGGUUAUUUCUAGUAUGCACCAAACCAUUAAAAUUUAAAUGAGCUAAGGAAAAAAUAAACACUUUCAUCUUCUUCUGUCAGUCCAUAAGAGCUAAAUAGUCACAUAGAUUACAGUGAGUCCAUUUGGAAACAUGGAGGAGGAAGAGAGAGAGGGAGGGAUAGUUAGCUUUUAGUCCUCUGUUCCUUUGUCUGUAUUUUGUAAGUGGGGAAGAAAUUAAUAUUACGUAAAUGUCUCAGAUAUUACUGAAAAAAAAAUCUUCAUGGAUACUGGAUAUUUUGAUUUAUCUUCAUCAGCCAAAACAACAGCGGUUAUGAAAUGAAAAAUGCAAACACACUUUACUGUCAAGUUGAUCUGUGCUUCUUUUAAAAAGAAAAUGUUUUUUGAAAUUGUUAUGAAAACUAAACUAAUGUAAACAAGUAGUAUCAAUACUUAGUUUCAGUUUUGUACCUAGCUUAUUAAUAUUGAUUGUUUAAACUGCUGAAGAAGUACUUAGUAUUUUUCAGUUGUUUUAAGAAUCUGAAAAUAAACCUUGUCUCUAUUUUUCUAA